AUGGCUACAGUUUCGUGGGCAGAAAGUCCCAUCCGCAUUUCCUUAGGGAAAAAGGCUAAAAGGACUGUAACAGCCCCUUCGAUUGGUUUGAAUCAACAUGGAAACGAUACGAAGUCACUACUAAAACAGCAUCAACAUUUGGAGAACCGUUAUGCCUCCCAGGAUAAUGGAUUAUCUCCUUUUGCCGCAGAAGGCCAUCUUUCAUCUGGGAUAAGUUCAGGUUCCUCAACAUAUCUCCGAGAUGUCAAAGAAGUCUACACUAUCCAGCAGGUAAUGAGAGAUACUCUUGAGACUCGGAGGAAACCCCAUCGCGAGAAUAGUAAAAUCAUUCUCGAAAAACAGCAUCACAAAAAGGAGUUCCUCCGCUCCUGGUCCCGUGAAAGAAUUAUAGUCACAGAGGAAGUUAUCUAUCCAACAACAAACUUGAGUAUUGCUAGUGCCUCAGGAUCUUUUGCAUGCAUUUCUCGUCAUCCAGCUCCUCAUCUCCAACAAAAAACUUACUUCCCUCUUGUAAGAUGCGACGACUCUGCAUCCAAACAGUCUCUUCCUGCACCCACGGUGACUCUUGUGGGUGCCAUGCCCUCCCACGUGGCGGAAUACGGUAGACUAGUGCCGUUGACCACAGCGGGAGACGGUAAAAAUCCGGCUUCACGAGGAACGAGGCAUAUUUUAAGAAAACAAGCCUCGGAACCUGAGGGAUCGACGUUUCUCUUCAGUGAUAUUUCGACAACAAACAGUCUCAAGGAUGCGCGGGUAGUAGAGGUCCGGAGGAAACCGGUCACUUUACGUUCUCCUAGUCAUUUGUCACCACAUAUGCUCACAAGACGUUCAAACUCAGGAGUAACAAAACAUUACCGAGGAGAACAAUUUUCUGCUGCAAUCUACAGCCUUAUUGAGCAUGCUGAUGAGGAUCAGUUAGUACAAAAUAUUUCUCCCCUGCGGCCAGUUGAGGCGGCGAAGUCUCUUAAAGUCGUUAACGAGGAGGAGCAAAGAAGGAGUCCCCUGCACCACUGUGUUCCAGUCGUCGAACCACCCCGUCUUUUUACUUCUAAUCCCCUUCCCCACUCAGCUCAAAGUGAGCACACUUCUGUCAAGGAGCUGUUGUCGCCAUUGGUCACCUCUGAACUUUUGCCCAUCAGUUCACCGCCCGAAUACCAAAAUAAAAACUGUCCUUUCUCGACAGAAGAAACAGAGACUACAGUCCAAGAGGAUGAGGACAUUCGGAGUACUUCAACUUCCGUGUAUGAAACUGCACGCUCCUCUGUUUCGCUGUCACCCAGUCGUGAGGCACUCCUGGAGCCUGCGCACACACCAACCAACCAGUCAGCACCACGUCCUCGAAAAGAGGAAGAGGCCAUGACAACGGUGAUUGAUAAGUUGGAUGUAGCAACCGAAACGGUGAUUCCGACCUCCCCAGUGUACUUUCGGACAAUCGUUCGCAGGGAUCAUGCAGGCUAUGGGCUUACUGUGUGCGGCACCAAUCCAGUUACCGUGCGGAAUAUUCGAGAGGGUGGUACAGCAGAACGGGCGGGACUAAGGCCUGGUGAUGAAAUUGUGAAGGUAAACGGUGUUAAUGUUGAAGAUAUGGAUCACCAAGAAGUAGUUGAAAGGAUAAGAGCAAAGGCCACAGUUUGCUUCAUGCUGCGUCGAAUGAGGCCCUCUCGAAGCUACCUGGCCGUCACUGCAGACGAGCUGACAGAGCAGGGUCAACCAAGUCACCGUCGUUACCAGAAACGUAGACACCUUCGCGAAACGGGCAGUAGUGGAGGCACUGCCGCGGCUGUGAGUCGUCGUCGGCCAAAUAACCACAGCAGAGGCUGUCAUCGUGAGCAGUCCUCCUCCCCUUCACCCCCCACCUUCUCCGGCCGCACCGAUACCGACGGCGACGAGAAUGCGAGGGCUGGUGGGGCAGGGGACUCGAUCGCCGGGACCCGGGGCUGGGUCGACGAGGAUGCGAACCUGCCGACAAUCGUUGAUGGCAGCAGUUGUGCGGACCUGCCCCCUGUGCACCCGGCGCCCGGCGCAUUCACUUCGGCCACGAUCGCCGCAAUCUCAACCGCCCAGUUGCCACGCUCACGGGCAAGCAUGGGAACAGGUGACCGUUUACCCAGCAAUUAUCAACGACGUCCUGUUAGUCUGGCCGACAGCUCACAAACUAGUCCUUACAGCGGAUCAUCUAAUAGCAGUAUUUUCAGGACACUCCCUUCCGUCAAGAAAAAUAGGCGAAAAGUUCAUUCUCCCACAUCUCAAGUGAAAGAAGAGGAUCCCUCGUUGUCGACAAAAUUUGAGUCAGUCUCUAGUUCGGGUCGCCUUCGAGGACAGUCUGAGGGUCUGGAGCAAAGCAAAAGGCUAUCGGAUUGCAUUAAUGCUGCUCCCGUGGCAUGUGUCCCGCAGAUUCCUCCACCUGGUCAUUAUCUGGGUCGCUCGCUUAACGAAGACAGCGACGACGACGAGAUUCGGGAGGAGAUAUCUGCCAUUGCGGCUAGAUUUCGGUCGGCAGCAAACGUUCUCUCCAGCCCAUCACUUUGUGGUGUCCUCUUAAACUACCUCCUCAUUCAAAAUCGGGAUCUCUCACCUACCUUAUUCUACCUGGUCGCGAAGCACUACUAUUGGGUGCAGACUCAUGUCAAGGAUCUUGCAAAGGAUUUUAUGCGCCUCCUCGUGGAAAUUUACACUACCUUCCUUCAUGAAAAAUCUCCCCUCCCAGUCAAAGUCGAUAGUUGGAUUAUUCAACAGAUGGAAAACUCAGUCCUAACAAAGGAAACCGCGACAGUGUUUGAAGGGUGCUGUGCCGCCGUCCUUCCACAAAUUCAGGCGCAGGUGGACAAACUUAACAAAGACAUCCUACUCGGUAUCGACACCUGGAAGCCAUCUGAAAAUUUCGACCUAACUUCCGUGAUUUCAAGGGAAGAGGAAUUAGGUAUAUUUGAGUCGAUAAUUAGUCCCCGAGUGAACGAGCUGCAAAGAAUCAUAGCAGGGCUGGCCCCCCUUCAGUCACCCCAACAAAAUCCAAAUCAAUUCUCGGUAUCUUUCAACGCUCCGACUGCUUCAACCGUUGUUACCUGGCUCUCGUCCACUUCCAACGCUACUGACUUGCCUAAAGACCAAAUAGCGGCUGCGCUGUGCUACUCCCUCGUCUCAGCGUACCGCUACUUUGCCGCCGGUUGUUCACCCUCUCAACCCGAGACGCCUGCGGACGACAUUGGUCUUGGAUCGGUCCCCAUCUGCCCAAGCACGCCGGCGCCACCACAGCAUUCCUUUAAGCGGACUCUGUUUGCGAAGUCCAUUGAAAAUCUGUCGGCAGCGUCAACUCAAAGUGCUGGGGGUUCGGGACUUGGAUCUUCAACACUUUCAGGCAGCAUGUCCAACAGUCUAGCUACACUCGGUGUCAUAAAUUGGGAGAAGUUGCCUACAUUCAAUGCUAAACUCAAGUCUAAAUCAUCUAGUGUUAUUUUUGGGAGCUGGAAAACACGGGAACCAUGUACGAAGGACACCAAGUCCUCAAGCAUAAGCAGAGGCUCCAUUACCAACUUGGCGAUGAGUUCUUCUGUCGGAUCUCCAUCUGGCCCUUUGCCAGCCUCUCGGUCAGGAACGCUCAGUUCUCCUAUCUCUCCCUCACAAUACCCCUCUCCGCCUGAACCGGCUUGCGGGUCAGGCCCCCGUGUCUACUGUAGUUGGAACGUGAGAAAGCGCAAGGCCCAGCAUCGUCCUAGUCUGAGUGCGAUGCUCACGAUGGAGUCUAUUGUAGCGGCCUCCCAACACAAAGCAAAACACCAGUCCGCCGGUAACUUCACCAGUCCCUUGGAAAAUAACGGAAAUAACUUUGGAGAAAGCGGUGAUGACGGUUUUUCUGGUCUGGUUGCUUCCACCGAAGAUAUCUUCCAUUGCCAAACCUGUGGCUUGAACGAAUUUCUGGGGGACGGCUCGUCCGAUUGUCCCCUUCAGAGUACGCCGUUUUCCCCUGAGACGACGACGUCCUCUUCAGCUAUCGCUGAUGACGUCAAAGUCAAACGCAGCAACUCGGGCUUCAGUCACGCUCAAAGUACAAGCCUGAUUCGCGGAAGUUCGCACGCUGGUAUCACCUCACCAGAGCCGAUUUCGCGUUACGUUCGAAAUGUGAAACAGAAGCUUGAUAAUCAUUCCAGUAGUGCAGCGGCUGCAGCGCUUUCCAAACACACCGCAUCCCUGAUGCAACUUCCACUAAUGGCGGAUCGCGAUUUAAAGCGGCCGUCUGCACCCCACGCCAUUUCUUCGUCAGCGUCGGUUUCAGCGGCAGCAAAUGUCCCAGAACUUGUCCCCACCUGGUCCGGAGACCCUGAAAUGAACGCUCUCGAGACUUUUGAGGCUGCUACUGAGCUCCGAAUUCACUUCCCAAAUUAUGAGAUUCCAACUAAGGGUCCCCGGGUUGAGGAUCAUGUAAGGACCUUAGUCCUGCUGGAGUUUCACCAAAAAGUGCGCUACAUGGUGUGUUACCUAAAGCAGUUUGACUACCUUCUUCUGCAAUGCUGGCCCAAGGAGCACCAACGACUCGCCGACAUUAUGGCCCUAGAUCGGAUUCCACGUCUCAUUAGACUCUUCCGAAGCCUCGUGCACACAAUUGAAGGAACGCUAGAACCCCAGGGUUAUGGCAAAAUGGCCGAGGCAGUGCUGGCGUGGCUAUCAGAGGAUGAUGAAGCUAAUCUUAAGGUAUCAAGUGCCUUUCAUGUGGCGCGCGGAUUUAUAUAUCGCCAUGGAGAAGUUGCUAGUAGUGGCUGUGUCGAGAUGGGAGAUUUGAAUGUGGCGUGGUUACGCGAUUGUCAGGCCCUGUCCUGCACAAAUAUGCUAGACUCCGUCAAGGCCACAGUCCGGGAGUAUGGCCGGAAGCAUCCAGAUAUUCAGCCACUGCUGGAGACACGUUUCAAUAAGUUCGUCCUCAUCGAGGGUCUUAGUCAGGUCCGAGUACUCUACUUCAACCUACCUCUCAUUUCCAAUAACAUAAUGAAGGAUUUGGAGAAAAAAACCUCUAGUUAUAAAAACGAAGCUAAAUUAUGGAAGGAGAUUCAUACCAAGUUGGCAAGCAUUCCGCACUCAAUUGAUAAGAUUUGCAUGCCCCUUGUGAAGUUAAUAAAUGAUGGCCACUUCUUCUCCACUGUGGACAAGGGCGAGCAGUUAACACGUCAUCAGGCACAGGGCGGCAAUGUGCCAUUUGCGGAUAUUCUUCUGGAGUUUCCACGCACAAUUUUCCGUUACUGGGUCAUCGACUACGCCGAGAUAGCGGUGGACAAAUUGACCUUUACUAGUGACAACAGAGUCAAUUAUGACUAUGUUAAAGAAAGAACCGACGUCCUUGCAAUCCUGCUCAACUGUGCUCUUGUUCUUCUUGUCAAAGAUGGUGGUCGCUAUGGUCUGCGACCUUUUAAGCCUUCGAAGGAAGCGAGCGUGGAAAAUGCUAAUGCUGGGGUGUCGGCGACUUCGCUGGGAACCACACAAUCGACCCCAAACAUGCUUGGGAACACUAUGAAACUUUCUCCCGUAUUUUCAACAGACUCCGUAUUUACUUCACGGGGAGAAAAAAUUGGUCACGAAUACAUGCUCAAUAUGAUCUUCAAGGAACAAGCUGUUCUUCUACGGCUAUCCUUUUCCUCAAAAGAAACAAGAGAAAAGUGGCUGAAUAUCAUUAAAGAACGUGAGGAAUUCUCCAACCAACGGCGCCUGGCUAUGCAAAAGACCCGUUCUAGUCUCCCUCCUGUGAGUAUGCACUCGUCCGGAGACUCAAAAGGUGAAACAAAAUCUCUCAAAGCUAUUCGAGGUUUUACGGAAUCACCGGAACCCAAGAUAGACAUUAACUGUGUCUCUCAGACAGUGGAACCAGACAUGUCCGCCAAUAAUUCUUCGCCGGAGGCCCUUGAAAGGCAGAUUACUCAUUUUACUGACAAAAUAAGCGAAAUGGAGAAGGGCUUGCAAGGGUUCAUCCAAUCCUUUUCCGACGUUGAAUCAUUUGAUGCCAAUGAAGUUCUUGAGAAAUUGUCUCUAAAACCCGGUGAAUCGUUACCCCAGUCACACAAGGAACUUAUAACCGCAGAGCUUCUGCUAACCGAAAUGUGGCUGAGAUUUAUCAACAAACAGCUUCUUCACCUUUCAAAAUACCCGACGCCGAACAAGGAGGAAAAUGUAAAAACUACCGUGGUUACAAAUAAAAAAACAGCCGAGAGUGAAAAAGGCCACCAACGAUCGAAGUCCGCAUUUGUCAUUCCCGCAAUCGGCCCUGCAGACCGUAGACGGCGUUCCAGAACCCGUAGUGGUUCUAACUAUCAGGAUUGCAUUGAACAGGUGCUUGCUAAGUCACCACUGACUUCCAAAACGGAAAUUGAUCCGGCUGAGGGAAAAGGAGAAAGCGGCCUAGACGAAAAAAAACACGAAGAAGGGAGCACAGAACUUACCCAACUGGAAGAGAUGCUUCAUGAUCUGCAGAAUUUGAUCGGUGCCAUGUCGGUGACCGCUUCACGAGCCCUCAGUGACUUGGGGUCCCUAAUCGUUCAAGAUAAGCCAUCCAUUGAGUCCAUAACGUCGGAAACGCCGGAACCUUCAGAUGAGUCUAAGUCGGACGACGAUCAGCCGGACGCUUUCGUGGAUGCAAAUUCUUCACUCUCGUCUUCCGCGGAAACGGAUGAACCUCGAACAAAGACAUUCGAAAAGGUUCAGGAAUCCGAACCUGAACAGGCCUUACCUAGUGACUACGAAGAGGAACUCGAGGAAGUAGGAAGUCCAGCAAAUCAACUAUUAGAGGAUUUCAAUAAGUCUACGGUGGAGAAAGAAAACCAUCCAACCUCAAUGAAAGAACCCAUUUCAAAAUUGGAUGAGGAAUUGCUGAUCUCCAAUAGUCCUAUCUUAGAGAACCAAGGGAAUAAUAAUGGUUUGUUUGUAGUAUGCUUAUCAAUUUUUAUCCAGUGCAAAGAUGGGGUUGAACAAAUCUGUGAUGAAGAACUUAGGGCGUUUGCGCUAGAGCUAGUUGAUGAUGCUAUAGAUUCAGCUGGAGCAUACGAAAAUGAUUUAGCUUUGCUAGCCACUGACAUCACAGAUUCAGCUGUUGCAUCAGCUAUCGCUCAAGUAAUGGAAAGUCGUCACAGAAGUGGAGAAUUCGGAGGUGCGACCGACAGUGGGAUCAGUUUUAUCGACGCCUCCUGUCAUUUUAGCAGUGGGGAGGACGAUGAAAUGACAGUUACGGGAUCAAAGCCCCACCUUUGUCCCUCUGCCACACAAGGUGGUGAUCCUGAGCCCCAUUCCACCCUAAUUUGUAGUGACCUUGACAAACUGGACACAGUCCGACCCCUUUCCCACCCCAGCGUAUCUGUGGGUCGUAAUGAUUCCCAAAGGUCAACAACUUCCAGCGGUUACCUUGGGUCUGGCGACGAGAUCAUUCAGCACGACUGGAUUUAA